AUGGACAUCUUCAACGACAGCACCAACGGAACUGACGGGAACGACACCCUUCUGAACCCGUUCAUCGCGAAGUACAAGCACGGAGCUGGCGUCAUGACGCUCAUCAUCCUGGCCUACGUCCUGGUGUUCGGACUGUGCGUGGCCGGAAACAUCAUCGUCUGCGUGGUGGUCAUCAAAACCCCCAGGCUCAGGACUGUGACGAAUUACUUCAUCCUGAACUUGGCCGUCAGUGAUCUGCUCGUGGCCGUGUUCUGUAUGCCUUUCACGCUUGUCGAGCACAUACUGACAGGUUACCAGUUUGGUGACGUCAUGUGCCGAGUGAACCCGAUGAUCCAGGGUGUGUCCGUGGCUGCAUCAGUCUUCACAAUGACGGCCAUCGCCUUCGACAGGUACAAGGCGAUCGUGUUCCCGAUGAAAGAGCGGAUGACCCUGCGGAGAAUGACUCAGAUCGUGGCCGGUAUCUGGGUGAGCGGUGUCGCCAUCAUGAUCCCACAGGUCUUCGUCCUGAAGGUUGUCACGCUCGGCCCAAGUGCCGAAGUCUCAGUCUUGGCGUGCAUUGAGAUCUGGCCCGACACAACCUACAAGCAAGUGUACACCGCCUCCCUGUUCUCACUUGUGUAUGUCCUCCCCCUGUUGGUCAUUUCAUACUUCUAUUGCCGUGUGAUGUUCAAACUGUCCACCACGUCUGCCUCUCAGACUGGUCAGCGCCCCACCCAGUUCGCUGUCUCACGUAAACGUGUCAGGGUCCUGAAGAUGUUGAUCACGGUAGUAGUGUUGUUCGCUCUGUCAUGGCUACCCCUGUACACAUGCUGGAUGCUUGGCGAAUUCGCCAAUCUGUCUCUGUGGCAACAGACCAUCAUAAGUCAUUACAUCUAUCCGAUUGGCCAUUGGCUCGCCUACUCCAACAGCUGCGUCAAUCCCAUUGUCUAUGGCUUCUUCAAUUCCAACAUUCGAAAGAACCUCGAUAAUCGGGAUUCAAAGAGACGAGCAGAGACAGAUGCAAGGGCCAAAAAACCCUCUCCUACACCUACUACAAAGCACACCAAUAUCAGGAGAGACGCAAUCGAGAUGCAGCCUCUCAAGCUGUAA